AUGCUGCAGACGUGGAUUCGGCUGCUGACGCUGAUGGGCGUCGCGGCGUUGUUCAUUGUGCAGCAGGUUUUCUAUCCGCUCGUGACGGUCUGGGUUGCGCUAGGCGAAUACCUCCACUGCAUGUCUUACGUCCUCCUCCUGGAUCUGAUUGUCACCAAUCGCGGUUUGAAGGGCUUGAGCGUCAAGACUCAAAUCUGCUUCCUCUUUGUUCACUGGUUUCGCUACCUCGACUCCUUCUUCACCACCCAUCACAAUCACUGGAUCUUUGCGCUGAAGGUUUUCUACAUGGUGGUCUCGGCGCUGCUGGUGCUGUCGCUUGUGUGCCUGCGCAACACCUGGGAGCGGCAGAAAGACACCUGUUCGCUGCUCGUGUUGUUUCUUAUCUCUCUUCUCCUCGGCUCCGUCAACUUCUUCGUGGACGGCGUCUGGCCUGCGUCCACCGCGGAGAAGACUCUGCAUUUCUUUUGGAUUGUGUCGCAUUACCUCCAGGGUUUCGCGAUGCUGCCUCAGUUCGUCUUCUGCUACCGCGACCCGGAUAACAAAGACAGUCUCCUGACGGCCUACGUCCUGGCGCUCGGCUCGUAUCGCCUCGCGUACGCCAUCAACUGGAUUGAGCGCGCCUACAAGGAGAACUUCUUCUACAUGUCAGGACCACUGGGUCUGGGCAUCCUUCUCGUCUUCCUGGGCGACUUUCUCGUCUACAAACUGAAAAACAAGAGCUUCAUCUCCUCGCUCGUCCUCCGCAUCGACGACACCAUCGACGCGUCGCAGCAGCCUCUGCUUCAGGCGGUUUACGGCAGCAACUACGAGCGUCUCUCGCUGGCAGACGCGGCUAGCCAGCUCGGCACAGCUCGCAUUCCGCCGAUCGAAAUCGACCUUCAGCACGUCCGCGUUGUGGGCAGACCCACGGAGGAUAUCAGCUCGCUGUCGACGUCGUCGAACUCGCCCGCGACCGGCUCCCCCGGAAACCCCGUCAAGGCGUCGCAGAGCAGUGCCGUGCGGCUACACGGCGAAGGUGGAGUCGCGGCAGGCGUGGGAAUUCGCCCGCGCGAAGCUCCGCGGCGGGACGCUCCCGACGACGGCCGCCUCUCUGUCCCCAUCAGCCCGACAGCGCUCUACAAACUCGACGACGACGACAGCGAAUUCGGUGAAGAGGAGGGAGAUGAAAUCGCCUUCGGCGUGACUGACCUCGCGCCCGAGGGGCGAGGCGGCGCAGGGGAGGCAGCAGCCAUGCGCGUCUGA